CGUGUGACUGAACGUAAACACAACCCUAGAAGAAGACGGGUUGAAGAUCUUCUGGUUUACAUACUUGGUGGACCAGUCUGCCUGCGGGAAUGCUCAAUCCUCAAAGAUCUUUAUCUGAACUACCAAAGAUGUCGGGGCCAAGCCAAGCCGAGAGGGCUGUUUUGGAGGAGGAGUUUAACUGGUUGCUGAAAGAGGAGGUCCAUGCUGUUUUGAAGCAGCUCCAGGAUAUACUGAAGGAGGCAUCCAGGAGGUUCUCCAUUCCCACCCCAGGACUGGAGAGCCAACUGAAACAGGAGAACUUCAUCCUGGGCAGCUCAACCAUGGACCAGGUGAAAGGAGUACUGACUCUACAGGGAGAGGCCCUGACUCAAGCUGACAUCAAUCUGAAAACUGCUAAAAGCAACCAUGUGAUGCAUUUCACAUUCAGGGAUGAUAAGCAGUGGAAAUUACAACAGAUCCAGGAUGCUAGGAACCAUGUGAAUCAGGCUCUGCAGCUGCUGAGUGGUAGAGAUGAGAGCUACCACUUUAAGACUGGGGCUGAGGUCAACAAGCUGAUGGACGCGGUGAUGCUCCAGCUGACCAGGGCUCGUAACCGCCUCACCACUCCGGCAGCCAUGACCCUGCCGGAGCUGGCCACCAGCGGCCUCAUGAAAAUGUUCACUCCUCCAAUGCCAGGCGAUGUGAUGGUGAACUUCUAUAUCAACCUGAGUAAGCUGUGUCUGACUGUCUACCAGCUGCACGCAAUGCAGCCCAACACCACCAAGAACUUCAGGCCAUCUGGAAGCUCUGUGUUACACAACCCUGGAGCCAUGUUUGAGCUGAACAAUGCUAAGUUUGAGGUGAGCCAGGUUCACAAGGUGGAGUGUGUUGUCCCCUGGCUCAACAACACGCUGGUCUUCUUCACCAUCUCACUGCAGCUCUGUCAGCAGCUCAAGGACAAGGUGGGGGACGUCUGUGGCAGCAGGACACUUUCUCACAACACUCCAUUGGUCCACAGAAUACACGGAAGUGAAUGAGUAGCUGCGGUAUUGGCAUAGAUUCAGGCUGGGUCAGCUGGUAUGAAGUAGAUGAUUCACCUUGUUCCAAGUGUGUCCGUAACUAAAUAAAUGUCAGACUCAGAAAAGAGAAGACAGGGAGAGCUGUUUUGCUUAUGUGAAAAAGUUGUAAAUGGUAUGAAAAAGUGCUCAUUGGAAACGAGUCUAAAUCGACUGAGAAGUAGAGAAGUUGUGCCGUAUGUCCCAGAAAACCGUCUAACUGAAAGCCUACGUACAACACCAAGCCAAGGCACUUGUUUUGUGACCUAUAUUAUAAAGCCUUGAUUUUAUUGGCUUACUAUGACACAUUAACUGGAUUUUCCUCCUCUUCUUCCUCCUCCUCCUCCUAGAUUUCCGUCUUCUCUAGUUUCUGGAACUACCGACCGUUCUAACCUCCUGCAGCUAGCUGACCGUCAGAAUGCCUGGGUGUUGUAACCUCCUGCAGCUAGCUGACCGUCAGAAUGCCUAGGUGUUCUAACCUCCUGCAGCUAGCUGACCGUCAGAAUGCCUAGGUGUUCUAACCUCCUGCAGCUAGCUGACCGUCAGAAUGCCUAGGUGUUCUAACCUCCUGCAGCUAGCUGACCUCCUGCAGCUAGCUGACCUCCUGCAGCUAGCUGACCUCCUGCAGCUAACUGACCGUCAGAAUGCCUAGGUGUUCUAACCUCCUGCAGCUAGCUGACCAUCAGAAUGCUUAGCUGUUCUGUCCAAAUCCUUCACACCAACCAACCCAGAUAAAAGGGAUGUCUUGAAAAUAUUGUCUGAUUUGAAGUGGGUUUUGUUUGUAUAAUUUACAGGAGAACAGCCGGAUCAAAGUCCAUAUACAUUACCAGUGUUUAGUAUUCCAGGGUUUAGGGCCCAUCCAUGUGUUACAGCUGCUUUAAUUCAGUCCCAAAUCAACCCCUAGACCCUAACCUCUAGACUACACUCCCUACUCGUGAGAAAGUAUAGGACUAAGCAAUAUGGUGGAGCUACUACCAUAUUGCUAUAUCUAUCCAAUACAUUCAGUGUUUCCCCUAGUUGGGGGUCGUUAGCGCAAUGACUGGAAGUCUAUGGGAAUGAAUAUAGGGGAAACACUGCAUGACUGGAAGUCUAUGGGAAUGAA